AUGUUAUUGUUUAUAUCGUCAUCUCGAAAUCAAAUUAAAAAAACAGUCAUGUCAAAUCAAAUAGAUAAAACAUCUAUAUUAUCUACAUCAUCGAAUUCAAAUGGAACCAUAGACAAAAAAAAGAAAAAAUCAUCAUUAUCAUUUUGUUUAUUUGAUUCAAUUUUGUCGCAUUCAGUAGCAAAACCUUUGACAACGAAGAAAAUAAAUGAGAAAUCAUCAGCGCAUUCCUUUCCAUUGUCAUGUCCACAUUCAUCUUUAAUAUCAAAUAUGCAUUCAUCUGAACAAACAUGUUGCUUAUUUAAUCAUAAUGUAAUAAAAGACGAUGAAAUUGUUCAACUAUUGAAUGCGAAUAAAAAAUAA